AUGACUCUAUGCGAAAUCCCAAUUACAACGGUUUCACGGGAUCUUUCAGCUCUGCCAAGCUGCUGGGGAGAUUUCUUUCAAGUCGUAGUUCACUUCCCUAGUGAGAAAGGCAAUAUCGACAUUUCUCUUACAAAAGCUUCCUAUAUGAACCCCAUACUGCCAUACCGAGCAACUGCCAAGAUGAAGUUCGCUGGAAGCAUCGUUCUGGCUAUACUAGUAGCUCUUGCCAGCGCUCAGCCGGACCCUCAACACUACCGGCAUCUCAACGCGACUAAUCACUAUUCCUUCAUUCUUGUCACUCAACGGCUAACUCAAUUCAUUAGCGGAUUCUACCUCUUCGACGAAGUACCGUUGCCUACACUUUGGAAACCCCUGGCCCUACUGUCAGAAGAACAAGGGACAGAAGCCCCUUCAUCCAUUGUUCCAUCAUUAAGCUCUACUUCAUCGGUAGCUGACCAUUAUCUGAUGGAGGCGGAUGACUAUGGAUCGCAGUUGAGCAGUUGGUUCUACAUGAACAACCAAAUGAUCAGAGCGCUUGAGAACAAUUACUUCAGGCAGUAA